ACCUAUUGACGCUCCGCGGUUCACGACGGAUGAAGACAGUAGAGAGUGGACAUGUCAAUAGACACUAAUGUAAAAGAGACAGCCACGGACGUGGCGCGGGGAGGUCUGCUAUUAGAGAAUGCCACUGCAAUCAAAUAUCACGCGUGCAUUAGCUCUUAGCAGUAAACACGUUUUUGUUCCGCUUGUUUUGUGUCUAGUUUUAACCUUGAAUCAUAAUUUUGGGCCUAUAUACAGGUCCCGCGGUUAAUUAGAAAAUGCCUCAUGUACAGAAUCAACAAGCCGGAAUAAUUUUGACAGAAACUCCUAUAGGAUCAUUCAAACAGAGGAAACGGAAGUCCAUCAUGGUCACUAUGAUGUUGCUCAUUGUGUCUGUACUCAUCCUUAUCUUUGGACUGGCAGCCACCACCAGGACACAAAACAUCACAGUCGGUGGCUACUACCCUGGAGUCAUUCUGGGCUUUGGCUCCUUUCUGGGAAUCAUCGGAGCCCAUCUGAUAGAAAACAAGAGGCAGAUGCUGGUGGCGUCCAUUGUGUUCAUCAGUUUUGGAGUGGUGGCUGCCUUCUGCUGUGCCAUUGUGGAUGGGGUGUUUGCAGCCAGACACAUAGACCUUAGACCUUACUAUGCCGGCCGCUGUGAUUUCUACGCCAAUUCAAAAUCCUCUGUGGAUUAUGAAGAUGUUCACUGCCAGACAGCAUCCCGUGCAACCUGUAACCUACGUGUGAAAUCUAAUACCUGCUACUGCUGUGACCUCUACAACUGUGGCAAAGAACAUCCUCUUUUGGGACAUGCGAAUAAAGAUGUUUUGAAAAAGUUUAGGAAAACGUCCAUGAUUUGGAAGCCCAGCCGUGUGGAGCUGAUGGGGGGCUACCACGAGUACACGGAGGUGGGGAGCUGCGAGGAUGUGGUACACCUUUAUCACCUGCUGUGGUCCGUCACCAUCCUUAACAUCAUCGCUCUUUUCCUGGGCAUCAUCACCGCCGCCGUGCUGGGAGGCUUCAAGGACAUGACGCCCAUGCUGACCCCUGACUCGUGUGAGUCAGAGCCCCUCCCAGCAGCCCCUGUCUCCACAGAGCUUCCAGCUCCCAGCUCCUCCUCCUUCAACUGCUACUACAGCAAUGCCCCCUACCUGCCACCCUAUACUGCCUACGACCUGCAGGGCUCCAGUAUGAUGUUCCCAGACUCUUCUGGCCUGUCUGAUGAGUCCCAGUCGGGGGCCAGCCACAUGUGGUCCUCCCUGGUCCCCCCGUGCUACUCUCCACCUUACUGCCCACCCGACGAGAAGCCCCCGCCAUACUGCCCCUAGGAGAGAGGCUGGAACUGGGAAAGAACAGGGGAGGACAUCCGGUAUCGUCUCCUCUUUUGCCAGCUACAUUGGCAACAAAGGGCAAUGGGUAUUGAUGGGUGUUAGUGGACCUUGAAUAUUAACCUGUUUGAACGCGAGCUGCUGCUGCAUCUGGUGCUCCAAACUGUUCCUGAGCAGCCAAGCCUGCCUGAGCUGUGUGGAAUAUAAAGAUACAAGGAGUUAGUGGAAGAAAGAAAGAGCAUGAGUCACUGAUGUGACUAGAAGCCAGUGCUGUGAGGUUUAAUUCAUCCCCCAGUAAGCAUAACCUGUUAGGAUUCAGCCAAACCUGGAUGGAGCGGGGGGUAAAGUAAGACCUUGCUUGGCCUACACCCCCUUUUCUCAGCAGACUCUCUCAUUUGGUGCCAGUUUGCUCCCUAACUCUUCCCCUUGGCCCUAACACUUCCAUGUCUGCAUUUCUAAGGGGUCAGGAUAACUAUAAGCAGCGUAGUGGGGAGGAAACAUCCUAUCGUUUACACCUUACAGGUCUGCAAACAUCAAAGGGUUAUUUGAUUUGAUGUCAUUAGGAUCCCCAUUAGCUGACACCAAUGGUGACAUCUAGUCGACCUGGGGUCUGACACACAACGAAAAAAUACAUUACAGACAAAAAUACUAUAAUUUACAUACAUUUAAAAAUAUUAACACUAGCUAGGUUUCCAUCCCAUUGAGGACAGAUUUUCAUGCAAAUAUUCUAGAAUCCGCAUAAAGAAAACAUGCGCAUUUUCCCACCAGUGGUGUGUUUCCACCAAAUUGACUUGUUGCGGAUAAAAAUCAGUGCGUGAUGACAAUUUACCUUUUCACAUAAGUUUUCAUGUACAGAAUACAUUUUUUAAGUUCAA